AUGAAUGGAGGGCGUCAUAUAUCAUCUCUCAAGUUUCUGAUUAGAUCAUUUUCAACUUCAUCUUUGGUUAGUAUUCGCCCAGCGCCAGCAUGGAACAAUAGCAGUAACCAGGAGAACAAACUAAACAACUAUUCUGGGCCUUUGGCAAUCAUCAACAAUCUUUUAGAGACAGCAUCGAGCAAAUUUGGCAAAAAACCAUCGCUAACCCAAAAACAUCAAUAUAAAGCUUCAACUAGUCCAUCUGGGAUUCCGUUAUCAAAAUUCUUUUCAGUGAAAUUUCCUUUGCCAAUAAUGGAGUCAUUCCAAGAUUAUAAGAAAAGAAAUCAGUUAUUAAAUAUUCAAGAUGAUUUGUUGACUCUAUUGGAUAUGGAAAAUUUGGAAAAUUUGAAUAUGUCGGUGUUGAAAGUCCCAAUCCAUUUGGAUAAAGAGGGAAGAGUAAUAAAAAUUAAAGAUGUCAUGACUGAUGGGACAAUGCGUGAUGCUGAUAAUUAUAUCAAUGAAGUAUGUAUUUCUCCAAAGAAUAUUGACCCACAAGAUAAGCUGGUGAAGCAUUUGAUUUUGAUCCAUGGAUAUGGCGCUGGUUUAGGGUUUUAUAUUAAGAACCUUGAGAAAAUGGCGGAAUUUAUAAAUCAAGAAAUAACAAAGGGGUCGUCCAAAUGGUGUAUUCAUGCUAUAGAUCUUUUGGGCUAUGGUUCAUCUUCUAGACCAAAAAUCAAUUAUAAAACCAACAAUUCAUUGCAGACUUUUGAAGAUUGGUUUGUUGAUUCUCUUGAAAAUUGGAGAAUCCAAAGACAAUUGAAUCAUUAUGAAAAUAACUUGGUGAUUGCACAUUCGAUGGGUGCAUAUUUAUCGGUAUGCUAUAAUAUCAAGUAUCCUAAAACAUUCAGAAAAUUAGUCUUGGUCAGUCCUGCUGGCAUGAUUAAGCCUGCUACUUUUGAUUCCAAAAGAAUUCCGGGGUGGUUCAAUUAUUUGUGGAACAAGAAUGUUUCACCAUUUGCUCUUGUUCGAUAUUCAGGACCGCUUGGCUCAUUCUUUGUUUCUGGUUGGACAUCGCGAAGGUUUGCCAACUUGACUCAUCGUGAACAUGCUUUGUUGCACAGGUAUUCUUAUGGUAUUUUCAAUGCCAGAGGUUCUGGUGAAUAUUUUCUAAAUUAUGUGUUGAGCGCUGGAGGAGUACCAAGAUAUCCAUUGGUAAAGAAUAAGACGAGAUUAAAGCAAGUUUCUUGUGAGACUGAGUGGUUAUAUGGGGAUAAUGAUUGGAUGGAUCUGAGAGGGGGAUUGAUUGCCACUAAGUUUUUAACCGAGAACAACAAAUUAAAGGCCAAGGUGAAAAUUUUUGAAGGUUGUGGGCAUCAUAUUUAUUUAGAUGAUAUUACAGGAUUCAAUAAUUACUUAUUAUCACAAAUGAAAGAAUUUUAA